CCGCUCUCCCUGCCGCCGCUCCGCCCGGAUCCCUCUCUGCGGGCUGCGCCGCGCGCUGGCCUGGAGCCUUCAAUUCGCCCUGCGUGCGGAGCCGCGUCCUCGGGGAAUAUGCAGCGCGCGUGGAUCCUGCUCACCUUGGGCUUGAUGGCCUGCGUGUCCGCGGAGUCGAAGGCGGAGGUGACGUCUGACAAGGAUAUGUACCUUGACAACAGCUCCAUUGAAGAAGCUUCGGGAGUGUAUCCUAUUGAUGAUGAUGACUAUUCUUCCGCCUCUGGCUCAGGAGCCGAUGAAGACAUGGAGAGUCCAGAGCUGACAACAUCUCGGCCCAUCCCAAAGAUUCCGUUCACUAGUGCUGCUCCGAAAGUGGAAACCGUGACACUGAAGACGCAGAGCAAGAUGCCUGCUCAGACAAAGUCACCUGAAGAAAUUGACAAGGAAGAAGUACACCUCUCUGACACGGAAAGGAAAAUGGAUCCCGCUGAAGAGGAUACAAAUGUGUAUACUGAGAAACACUCAGACAAUCUGUUUAAACGGACAGAAGUCCUAGCAGCUGUGAUUGCUGGUGGGGUGAUCGGCUUCCUCUUUGCCAUUUUCCUCAUCCUGCUGCUGGUGUACCGCAUGAGGAAGAAGGACGAAGGGAGUUACGACCUUGGUGAACGCAAGCCUUCCAGCGCCGCUUACCAGAAGGCACCGACCAAGGAGUUUUAUGCAUAAAACUCCCACAUAGUGUCUCUAUUUAUGAGAUCACUGAACUUUUCAAAAUAAAGCUUUUGCAUAGAAUAAUGAAGAUCUUCGUUUUUUUGUUUGUUUGUUUUUCAUUAAAGAGCCAUUCUGGCACUUUAAUGAUAAAAUCCCAUUGUAUUUAAAAUUUUCCAUGUAUUUCUUCAGAAGGACAUAAAAUUAAAAAUUUAACAUUUGCAGUGUUCUGUGAAUAGCAGUGGCAAAAUAUUAUGUUAUGAAACCUCGAUGUUAAUUGGAUUGGUCUAAACAUCUAUGUGCAAAUGCAAAAUGAUUGUUUUUGUCCUCUGGGUUCAAAGAUGAAAGCUGUCUCAUUCAUUAGCCUGUCUCAGAUUGACCUGACCAAGUUGGUCUUUGUUAAUUUAUCUCUUGUCCCCUCUUCUCUUCCUUCCCUUCUUGUCCCUUUAAGAAGCAAACCAAACCCUAUGCCUUUUGUAGCUGUCAUGGUGCAAUUUGUCUUUGGAUGAUUUAGAUAACGGUAAUUUAGUGUAUAUGUGAUUUUUCAAAUAUGUAAACUUUAACCUCCACUUUGUGUAAAUUUUUAAAUGUCAGACUAUCCAUUUUACACUUGCUUUAUUUUUCAUUACUUAUAGCUUCAGGCAGAUUUGCAACAGCAAAUUAAUGUGUAAAAUUGGAUUAUUGCUACAAACUGUAGUCCUAUCUACUCAGAUCUUCUUUUGCGAGGAUUUGAUGUGAGUAACUGAGCAGCCUCAGCAAACCCAAAGAUGCCAACAGUAUUUUGAGAGGCUGCUGCAGAUGUCUUUGGCCACUGGGCUUGUUCAUUUCUUGCAAUUUGAAGGUAUGAAGAGGAGUUUCAAGAAAAAAAAAAUCGGUUUUUGUUCUUCAAACGCAUUUCAGUUGUAAACAUCUCUUAAAGCCUUUGAAGUGCCUAUGAUUCCAUGUAACUUGUCACAAGACUGGUGUUAAUGAGUAUAUAUAAUAACAGUUUGAAAAAAGUUGGUAUUUUAUAAGCACAGACAAUUCUAAUGGUAACUUUUGUAGUCUUAUGAAUAGACAUAAAUUGUAAUUUGGGAACAUAAAAACUACUGAAUAAAUCAUGUGGCCUAAUAUUGAAAAUGUCACUGUUAUAAAUUUUGUACAUGUUCCAUCCAAUGUACAUCUCCCUUUGCUAACGACCAUCUGCUCUCAAGAAUGACAUGGGUGUGUUUUUUGAGUGUUACACAGCAUCUGUAAAUCAAGACCAAAGAGCCCAUCCAUGAGACAGUUUCCCCUCUGAAUUAGCAGGGGGAAACAAGCAUAUCAUCUCAAGUGUCUGGGUUCAGGAAUUGAAAGGCUGCUACAGAAUUUCUAGGUUUGCAACUCUUUUGGAAUGGCUGGUGGAAAUAUUGAGACAGAUGCCUGCUUUUGCAAAUAACUUUUAAGACUAUCAAUCCCAAAGAAUGGAGGGGGGCUUUCUGGAAGUAGGUAUCUCAGGCUUAGUGGUAUAGAUUGAUUUACCUUUCAAGUAUGCUCCAAAGCUGUCCUGAAGCUUAGCCAAAGAACUCAUGUGUGGAACACCAGUCACUUUAUGAGAUAGGAGGGAAGGGCCGGAAGGCUCUGGGUGUUACAUGAGAUAAAUAAGAGUCUUGCUUUUUAGGAUGGAAGUUUCUAGAGAAAGUGACACCUUAGGAGGAGAUGAAAGUAUGAGGGUACCCUGGUUAGGUAUUAUGGUACCUAAUAUUUCCUUUUCUGUUUUGCCAUUAAGUUUGUUUUAAACCACGAGCCAUGGAGGCAGAAAGUAGACAGCAAAAGCAUCAGCUUUUCCAGCAUAACAUUUAUUUUUAAUAAAGUUUGAAUACUUCAUUUAGAGAACUUUCUCUGGACUUACCACAGAACUCAUUUAAAUAUAUAUAUAUUAGAGCAACAUUUCAAACAGUGUUUUACCUAAAUCCUUCAUGGCCUUAAUUCUCAAAUUCCUACUUAAUCACAGAUUUGAUUCACCUUGUUUAGGAUGAUUGAAAGGAAAGGAAAAGAUAGGCCUUUCUAAAGCUACACAAUGUCCCUCAAUUACAGAGGCUAAGAAUAUAGUGGGUUUACCGCUAACUGUGCAAAGCAAAGUGAAACUCUAUUCAUAGAAUAACUUGCUUGGAAUAUCCAUGCCAGGAAAAGAAAUUUUCUGGCAAAUAUUUUGUCACUGCUGUAAAGCAAAAUAUUUGUUAAAGUGCCAAAAUAAAGUCUGUCAUGCCGAAAGUAAA